UAAUCUGCUAAGUCAUAACAGGAACUCCUGCAAUCAGAUUCUUAACCCACUGUGCCACAGCAGGAAAUCCAUCCAACUCAAAAUCUUCUGAAUAUGAUUUUCUCUCUUGAGAGUAUUUGUUGCCAAUUAUUCCCACAUGACUACCUUUUAAUUUUCCAUGCAGUUCAUAAAGACCAUUCUUUUUCUGUGUAAAACCAUAAUGUAAUGUAUUCAUUACUCAAAUUGGCAUAAGCAGGGUAUUUGCUCCCUGUAGGUAAUCCUAUAUAGGAACAUGCAUCACGUUUCACUGGGGAAUAAAGAAUGGCCUGGGAUCAUGGGAACUUAGAGAUGGUUGCAAAAAAGCAUUUUAAGCAUUUGGCAGGCUUCGUUUAAUUUUGUUGCAUAUUAAUGAUCAGUGACAACCAGGAGAGGAAGUAUAAAAUAUUAGAUUUCAAGUUAUACAAUGAGCCCUUAGAUAUUGAGAGUAUGCUAUUGUUUUCACAUAUCCCUUGGUAUUAUAUUGUGCCCCUUAAUUAUUUUUUUUCUUUUUCUUGGCCAAGCCCAUGGUGUAUGGAAAUUCCUGGGCCAGUGAUCGAAUCCAAGCCCCAGCAUCCACCUACAUGAAGCUGAAUCCUUAAUCCACUGUGUCUGGCCAGGGAUCCAACUCUCACCACUGCAGAAACAAUACCAGAUCCUUAACCUGAUGAGCCACUGUGGGAAAUCCCCCCUUAAUUAUUUCUGAUGUGCUUUAUAUGUGCAAGGUGUUAAAUACCAUUUUUUUAAACAAAGUAUAUUUUUUGUUUUGAAGAGAAAUGCACUGACUAUCCUAAAGUUUGAAUUUCGAUGUAUUUUCAAAAUGUGUACUGAAUUUCUCUGAUUAGAAUAUUAGCUCUGUUGGAGAUAUCAUUCAGGAUAACUUGAUGAGAAACUAUAGGAUUAGAAAGCUUUUCUUCUCGAUAAGAACAUUUGGGAAAGAAUAAUCAAUGCGUAUCUUUUUUUUUCUUUUUUCUUUUUUUUUUUUUGUGCUGCACCCAUGGCAUGUGGAAUUUACUGGGCCAGAGUUUUUAACCCUGCACCACAGCAGUGACCUGAACUGUUGCAGUGGCAACACAGGAUUCUUAACUCACUGAACCACCAGGGAACUCCUUGUUUUUUUUGAUCUACCCAUCUCACAUUCCUCCUCUGCAGCUCUCAGGGACGGGACCCCCAACUCACACAACUCGUACCAUGGUUUGGAAGGGAACAUGUACAUAAUCCGAGAGGGCCUAAUGUCUACAGAUGUUUCCAUGGAGAUAGUUGUAAAUUGUGAUUACGGAGGAAGUUUCCAUUCUUGAAAUGGUAAGUGAAAAGCUUUAGCCAGGAAAUACCAGGGGAAGAGAAGACAUGGCCUAUAGGAGGGAAACAUUGGGCUAGAACCAACUGAAAGGAUUUAGUUAAAGGAACAGGUGGAGUGUGUAGUUCAGAAGACUGGGAGGGGGUGGACUGGGGAAUUGAAACAAGUCAGGGGUUUCUAGCCUGGGAGUCUAGAAGGAAGACUCAAAGUUUAGGUCUUUAAGAAGGCUAGGAUUUCUAGGCAGGGUAAUGAAUGGAAGCAAAGAAACUGAGAAGGAUGUUUGGGGGAUUCCAAGUGUUCUAGUUUGUAUCAGCAUUAGAGAAGGGGAGAAAGCAAAGAUAACGCAGAAACAUAAGCCUGGCGCUACUUUGCGAAGACCCUUGUAAUCAGCCUGUACAAACUGAGAGGGAUGGGGUUCUACCUCUCUUCCUCUCAGGAAGUGGGUAUGUUUCAUGAACUCUUCCAUGUAUUUCUGUCUGCUCUCCUACAGGGUAAGAUCCUCCAUCAAACUUAUUUUGAUUUAUAACACUCAUGCUAAACAGACUCUAGAUAUGUUUUUUUUUCUAUUUAUUUUUUUUUGCUUUUUAGGGCCACACCCUAGGCAUAUGGAAGUUCCCAGGAUAGGGGGCAAAUCAGAGCUACAGCUGCAGGCCUACGGCACAGCCACAGCAACCAACACAGAAUCCCAACUGUGUCUUAACUUACAGCACAGCUCAAAACAAUGCUGGAUCCUUAGCCCACUGCAAGGCCAGGGACAGAUUUUUAAAAGUUCUUUCUAGAUCAUUUCACUGUAAGUGGAUAAUAAACAUGUGGCUCAAUCAGGAAUAAUUUUUUCUGACACUAGUUCAGCCACAGAAUCUUAGAGCUACAGGGUGCUCAGCAAUCCUUUCCCUUCUUUCUCUUUAUUUUACAGAUGAGGAAAGCAGGCUCACCGCCAAGGCACACAACGAGUUAUUGGCAAUGCCAGGGCUAAGACCCUGUUCUCUGGUGUCUUUCUACCACACCACUCCUCUGACCUGAAAUAAGUGACCAAUCCAAAAACAUUUAGGAGUUUCCUGUUGUGGCUCUGUGGGUUAAGAAACCGACAUAGUGUCCAUGAGGAUUUGUGUUCAACCCCUGGCCUUGCUCACUGGGUUAAGGAUUCAGUGUUGCCGUGAGCUGUGGUGUAGGUCACAGUUGUGACUCGGAUCCAGUGUUGCUGUGGCUGUGGUGUAGUCUGGCAGCUGCAGCUGCAGCUCCAAUUUGACCUCUAGCCUGGGAACUUCCAUAUGCUGCAAGUGCAGCUGUAACAAUAAAAAUUAUAUAUAUAUGUAUAUACAUACACGCACCUAUAAUCAGUGACUGUGCAAUAAUACGGCAUUUCCAAGGAUUUGAAAUUUGCUGGAUUUGCUACAAGGAACUUCCAUAUGCCUCAGGUGCAGCCCUAAAAAGAAAAGAAAAAACCAAAAUUUAAAGGCCAAUAUACAUUUAUGAUUAAAAAACGUCAUGGAACCCAUCAACCUGGAUCAGUAACUUUCAUAGUUCAGAUACAGUAGUCAUACUUUGUUAACAGCAUCGUGAUAUUAGUACGUGUGAAAAUUUCUAACCAGUUAGUUUUUACUACAAGCGGUCCUCCCCAGUUUCUCCUAACAAUAGAAAAACACUUCACAAUGAGACCAUUUCUUCUGGAUGCGAUCAUGUUUUCUUAGUUUGUAAUCAAAGUUCUAACAGUUAGGUCACUGGAUGGACUUGGAGGCGGGUUCCUGUAAAGGAGCAGAACCCUCUGGAGCCUUCCUAGGACAGACCCCUCCCCGACCUCCUCUGCUUUAACUCCUCUGGGAAGUACCUACAUAAUUAGUACUUCAUGAGUAUUUCCUGAGUUUUUUAGAGGCCAAAUCCACCACCAAGUGAAAGGAAUUAAGUACUUGAUGAUCGUGAGAACUACAGCCUUCCGACCUUUUGGCGCCUAAGGAUUGACGCCAUCAACCAGUCAGAGACCUGUGCCCAAUCUGAUCACAACCAUGGGAUACCCUUCCCGCACCUGACCGGUAAAAAUGAUUUGGGGAAACCCUGUAGGGAGUUUAGAGUUUUUGAACACCAGCCAGCUGUUCUUCAUGCUUGGUACUGUUAAAAACCUUUCUUCAACUCUGAUGUUUCAGCGUUGCUUUGCUUUCACAGUUGUGUUGCUCUCACACUGAGUGUUUCUGGAUUCUAACCUGUGCUUACUCACCUUAGGCAAAGGCAGAUUUCAGCCCCUUUACUGAGCUCCCAAGGCCCUCCUUAGAAGGAGGAUGGAACAAAAACCAGGCCACGGAGUGGCUGCUAUUCACGUGGGAGGUCUUGGUGCUUUUUGCCCUUUGUCCCCCCUGCUGACCCUUGCAGACUCCCCGCCCGGCCCUGCGCUGCUCUGUGAGGACCUGAGGCUGAGCUUUAAGUGGGGGGAACUGAAACGCCGCGGAACCAGACGCGAGGGAGCAGCGCGGCCGGGGGAAGAUGGGGCAACAGGACCGGCAGGCCUAGCUCCGCGACGACGGCGGCGGCGGCGUGGGAAUGGAGCCCCUGCGGGUCCUGGAGCUGUACAGCGGCAUUGGGGGCAUGCACCAGGCGCUGAGAGAAAGCUGUAUACCUGCGCAAGUGGUGGCUGCCAUUGAUGUAAAUACCGUCGCUAACGAAGUAUACAAGUAUAAUUUUCCUCACACACAGUUACUGGCCAAGACAAUUGAAGGUGUUACACUAGAAGAAUUUGACAGAUUAUCUUUCAAUAUGGUUUUAAUGAGCCCUCCCUGUCAGCCAUUUACAAGAAUUGGCCUGCAAGGUGAUGUGACGGAUCCGAGGACAAAUAGCUUCUUAUAUAUUCUAGACAUUCUCCCAAGAUUGCAAAAAUUACCAAAGUAUAUUCUUCUAGAAAAUGUUAAAGGUUUUGAAGUAUCUUCAACAAGAGACCUAUUAAUACAAACAAUAGAAAAUUGUGGCUUUCAGUACCAAGAAUUUCUCUUGUCUCCAACCUCUCUUGGCAUUCCAAAUUCAAGGCUACGGUAUUUCCUCAUUGCAAAGCUUCAGUCAGAGCCAUUCCCUUUUCAAGCCCCUGGUCAGGUGCUAAUGGAGUUCCCCCAAAUGGAAUCUGAACAUCCACAAAAACACGCAAUAGAUGCACAAAGUAAAAUCGAAGAAAAGAAAAUUGAACGAAAUAUUUGCUUGGAUAGCAGUGCACAAUGUUCUGGAAAAGAGGCCAUUCUUUUCAAGCUUGAAACUGCAGGAGAAAUUGACAGGAAACAUCAACAGGACAGUGAUCUCUCUGUGCAAAUGCUAAAAGGUUUUCUUGAAGAUGACAUUGACAUGAACUCGUACUUUUUACCGCCAAAGUCGUUGCUCCGAUAUGCUCUUUUGUUAGACAUUGUUAAGCCCACUUCCAGAAGAUCCAUGUGCUUUACGAAAGGUUAUGGACGCUACAUAGAAGGGACAGGAUCUGUGUUACAGACCUCAGAAGAUGUGCAGAUUGAGAAUAUCUACAAAUCCCUUACCAGUUUGUCACCAGAAGAAAAGAUAAUGAAAUUGUUAAUGCUUAAACUUCGAUUUUUCACUCCUAAAGAAAUAGCAAAUCUCCUUGGAUUUCCUCCAGAGUUCGGAUUUCCUGAGAAGAUAACAGUCAAACAGCGUUAUCGUCUACUUGGAAAUAGUCUCAACGUGCAUGUUGUAGCUAAACUAAUCAAAAUCCUGUAUGAGUAAUUUUUGAGUAGCUCUGCGAGGUGGUUCCAGUAUUCCAUCAUAUCCAAAUAGUAAUUUUGAAAAAUUUUUUAGUUAAUUUUGACAAAAUUCAGCUAAAUUAUCUUAACCUCUCUUUAAUAAGAAAUUUCAUCUUGAGUUUCUCCACCAAAAAAAAAAAAAAAAGAAAGAAAUUUGGGUCUAUUAGGAAAAUUCCAUUUCAUUUACUUAUAUUUAUCUUUACUGUGUUUUGUAAGAUGAAAAUUAUUGUCAUGCUUUAGAAGAAUAUAUUUUCAUAUGAAAUUGUAAAUAUAUAUAAUAUUCUAUUAUAAUAGUAUAGUAUAGACAAAUUUAGGAACAUUAGAAUUUUAAUGUGUACAUGAAUAUUUUAUAAAGUAUCAUAUGUCGUAAAUACACAGUGUGUGAACCUAAGAAACUAUAUAUUUGUGUUUUUUAAUUAAAGAAGUUGCUUGUGAGUCCUA